GAGAGAGAGAGAGAGAGGUAAGAAAACAAAACCCCAAAAACUCUGUUGAUCGAUCCUACUGCGGUAAACGGGUGACACACCAGUUCUUCAAUCUCCGUCGCCGGUAAACAUCAGCAAAGGGAAGAGUUUUGUUUUUGUUUUGAGAGAUAUGGCAUCCAAGUUGCUACAACUGAAAUCAAAGGCUUGUGAAGCAUCCAAGUUUGUGUCUAAGCAUGGCACAACUUACUACAAACAGUUGCUUGAGAAGAACAAGAUGUACAUCCAGGAGCCAGCCACUGUUGAGAAAUGCAAUGAGUUGUCUAAGCAGCUUCUCUACACUCGUCUUGCUAGCAUUCCUGGGCGUACAGAGUCAUUUUGGAAGGAAGUCGAUCACGUGAAGGGCUUGUGGAAGAAUCGGGCAGAUUUGAAGGUUGAAGAUGCUGGAAUUGCAGCACUAUUUGGUCUGGAGUGCUUCGCUUGGUACUGUGCAGGAGAGAUCGUAGGAAGGGGUUUCACUUUCACAGGCUACUACCCUUGAAGAAACAAAACAACCCUCCCAUAAACAAACAAAAUCAUUGAAUGCCUAAACUAUCUCACGGCUUGACAUUAGUAGCAGAGUUAAUUUCUUUUUUUCUCUGGAUAAUUAAUACACAAAAAAAGUUUUGAAGCUGAUGCAUCAUCAUCACUCAUGGUAGCUCUAAUAAUAUCAGUCGACUAACCAUGUUGGCUUUUUGUGUUUGUUUUUCAGUUUUAAAAUUAUGUGAAUGCCCAUUUUUU